AUUCGCCACCGCCUGGUCUCGGGUCGUGGGACCACGUCUCCCCGCCCUCUCGCCCGGUUGCCUCCAGGUUCUGAGAAGAUGGCGAAGGUCUCAGAGCUUUACGAUGUCACUUGGGAAGAAAUGCGAGAUAAAAUGAGAAAAUGGAGAGAAGAAAACUCACGAAAUAGUGAGCAAAUUGUGGAAGUUGGAGAGGAAUUAAUUAAUGAAUAUGCAUCUAAGCUAGGAGAUGAUAUUUGGAUCAUAUAUGAACAGGUGAUGAUUGCGGCCCUCGACUAUGGUCGGGAUGACCUGUCAUUGUUUUGUCUUCAAGAGUUGAGAAGACAGUUCCCUGGCAGUCACAGAGUCAAGCGACUAACUGGCAUGAGAUUUGAAGCCAUGGAGAGAUAUGAUGAUGCUAUACAGCUAUAUGAUCGAAUUUUACAAGAAGAUCCAACUAACACUGCUGCAAGAAAGCGUAAGAUUGCCAUUCGAAAAGCCCAGGGGAAAAAUGUGGAGGCCAUUCGGGAACUGAAUGAGUAUCUGGAACAAUUUGUUGGAGACCAAGAAGCCUGGCAUGAACUUGCAGAACUUUAUAUCAAUGAACAUGACUAUGCUAAAGCAGCCUUUUGUUUAGAGGAGCUUAUGAUGACUAAUCCACACAACCACUUAUACUGUCAGCAGUAUGCUGAAGUUAAAUAUACCCAAGGUGGACUUGAAAAUCUUGAACUUUCAAGAAAGUAUUUUGCGCAGGCAUUGAAACUGAACAACAGAAAUAUGAGAGCUUUGUUUGGACUUUACAUGUCUGCAAGUCAUAUUGCUUCUAAUCCAAAAGCAAGUGCAAAAACAAAAAAGGACAACAUGAAGUAUGCUAGUUGGGCAGCUAGUCAAAUAAACAGAGCUUAUCAGUUUGCAGGUCGAAGUAAGAAGGAAACCAAAUACUCUCUCAAGGCAGUCGAAGACAUGCUGGAAACACUGCAGAUCACCCAGUCUUAAGGAGAGAUUAGGACACAGACAUAACAGCGGAAGGACCAUGAGAAGACGAAGAGAAGAUGUCCAUCUACAAGACAAGGAGCGUUUCCUCAGAAGAAACCAACCCUGCUGACACCUUGAUCUUGGACUUCUGGCCUUUAGAACUGUGAUGAAAUAAAUUUCUGUUGUUUUAAGACA